AUGAAGGGGACGCUGCUUCUGCUGGCCUUGCUGGUGACCGGGGAGUUGGGCUUCCAGACAACGGACGCAUGCAUUCCGUUCUUUGAACUCUAUGCUGCAGCCUCCAUUGGAAACAAGAUAAUACUGAAUGCUGUCCUUGACCAGUUUGCCCCUACUGAUGGGGAAAGGGAGACUGUUGAAAAAUUCAUGGAUUGCUUGAAUGAUUCAGGAGUGGAAGGCAAAAUCCUGAAAACCAAAUUCUUGGUAACGUCCUCCUUAUCCUGA